AUGAACGCACCGUCCUCGCCCAAACACCCCAAUGCCAACGAGGAGGUCACGCCGACCGAGGGGGACAUCCCGCGAGACCUUGCAGAUGCGCUUGACCUUUCCUCCGACGACUCAGAUGGCCCCACAGACGAUAUUCUGGCCGACCUCCCGCCAACGGCAAGUUGUAAUUGUGGGGACAAUUUCCUGGACCCGGACGCGGUGUUGCCGCGCGCGUCGCCCAUGAACCCGUUUGGCCAGAACGUGGGGCUCACGUCGUCCGAAACACCGCGCAUAGUGCACACGAAGCGGGAUCAGCCCAAACGGCUCACGAGGGCCCAGCAGAGCCGCAUUGUGACCUACAUUGACGCCCAGCUGCUGCAUAUCCAGCGUCUAUUUAUCAAGUACAUGUCGCUGAGAAACGACGACGACGACGACGACAACCAGGACAUGGACACCGCGGAUCCGUCGCCUCUUGCGUCGAUCGACGCUCCAUCGACGCAGACGGAGCCGGACGACAUUCUGCAGUACAGUUUGCUGAAGCUGUUAUCGCAGAUCGACUCUGUUGUUUCGCUGUUGUGGGUGUCUCUGUACGGGGACAGCCACGUUCCUGUGAUCUACCACUCGAAUUUGAGCGCCAAAUCUCUGCCCACCGAGGUGCAGGUCACCAUGAUCGACGCGUCGCAGCUGUGGGGCCAGACGGAAUACAUUAUCAAGAUCAUGGGCGAUCUUGUUGACUACUUGGAGAAGUAUCGAUUCGAGUCGUUCAAGGAGAUCCACAGCGUGGUGGAGUUGCUGGCCAAGAUCGAUAAUUUUGUCUCUGUGAUCAUCGACCAGCCGGCCACCUCUGUUUUCAGCACCACCGAGAAAGUGCGGAUGGACUCGAUCGUCCAGCGGACCAAGCUGCUGAUGGUGAAGAAGCUGGACGCUUUCCGCAGCGUUGUGGAGAACAGCGAGGUGGACGAGCUGGGUAAGCGCAGUCUACAAUCGGGACAGGACCUGGUUCCUGUGUAUGAACAAUUUAUUGGCGAGAUCUAUGAAGGGAUCAGUGACCGGACGUCGAUAUGA